UUCUUGGUCGAGGUACUCCGAGCAGUUGCUGAAGAGAUACAAACUGGCGCGGAUGAAUUUGUUACGUUUUAUUCGAUUCGAACGGUACACGUGCUUCAACCUCGCAUAAACUAAACUGUAUGAAAUCUUAUUACACGAACGGCUGUUCCGGGAUCAAAAUAAUGUUUCUGUUUAUUGGUCGUGCUGUGUUGUGUAUAAUGUGAUUGUGUCUUUUUGUUAGUUUUUUAAAGACUGCGCUCGGAUUGACAUAAAUUUCUGGAAAAGCUGAAGGCAUGAGCGAAUACGAUCGCAUAAGGAGGGCUUGUUUAAAAUGUGGGGAGCUCUGGGAGGACCCAGAUUUUCCCGCUACACAGGCAUCGGUUUUUUACCAUCAAACCCCGCCUUUUCAGUUCACUUGGAAAAGACCUAAGGACCUGUGCGCGAGGCCAGGGUUUGUGCAAGAUGGACCUACUCAAUUUGAUAUUAUACCUGGAAAAAUGGAUUCGCAGACAUUCAGCGAUGUACAGUCAGCUACAAAAGGUGACAGAUGGCUUGUCUCCUGUUUGGGAGUUUUAUAUUUAAAUAAAGGACUUUUCUACCGAGUCGUGCCGGCAGACCAGUCUUUUAAUGGAGAGCAAUAUGCCGGAGUCUUUCGAUUUCGUCUAUGGUGGUGCGGCGAAUGGACCGAGGUUCUGGUGGAUGACCGUCUACCUACUGUGCAUGGGCGGCUGGCUUUCCUGCAGUCGCAAAAUUCUGACUAUUUUUGGCCAGGACUGCUCGAGAAAGCGUACGCCAAAUUGCAUGGAUCCUAUGAAGCAUUAAAGUAUGGUUCUCUUCUGGAUGGUCUAGCGGACUUGACUGGGGGGAUCACCGAAAGCAUCCUCAUCAGACAGGAUGCCACCACAUGUGCCAGACUCUUACAUAAGUUGUUAGAUAUGACGUCGAUUAUCACCUGUACGGUACAACCGCCGAAUUUCCAGACGAGGUCUAGUGUCGAAAAGUUGCCAAAUGGAGUGCAGUUAGGAACGAAUUAUAGAAUAUAUUCAGUGGAAAGGGUGGAAACUUUUAGCGGAGAAGCCGUCCAAUUAGUCAAAAUGCGAAACGCCUUAGGCCCCGCUUCCGAAUACACCGGUCCAUGGUCCAUCGACUCUCCCGAAUGGUCCGAAGUCUCCCCCAACUCCCUCGAGCGACUACAAACCAAACUAGGCGAAGGCGAAUUCUGGAUGUCCUACCCUGACUUCAUCAAAACCUUCACCCACCUCGAAGUCAUCCACCUGGACAGCGACACCAGCCGAGACGAACCCAGCUUACAUAACAAAAACACGUGGCAAAUGAGGCUAUAUCAGGGUAACUGGCUCAAGGGUGUCUCUGCUGGUGGUUGCAGGAACAACCCCGAAACCUUCCACAUAAACCCGCAACUUCACUUACUCUUAAGCGAAAUGGAAGAAGUAGUGGUCUCUCUAAACCAACACAGCAUAAUGGAACCCAAAGUCAUAGGAUUUACCGCAUAUUCGAUACCAAAAAGCAACACGGAGACCAUCGGCAAGUCUUUCUUCAAAGCGAACAAGUCUUUAUUUAACUCGCAGUACACAAACAGCCGGCAAGUGAGUUACAGAUGUUACUUGGAACAAGGCGGUUAUUUGAUCAUACCGACGAUUUUUGAACCUGGUCAAGAAUCUGGUUUUACGCUGAGAGUUUACUCAUGCAAGCCGUUAAAACUUAAACUCUUGGACACCGUUCCUCUCUUGCUAAAGUCGGCGAUUGUCAAAGCACCACCACUACUGGACGGCAAAAGUUUUAGUCAAUACGAAGCCGUGUUUCUACAACUCGCUGACGAACAUCGGACAGUGAACGCGUUCGAGUUGCAAGAGCUCUUGGACGCUUGUUUGCCAAACGACUACAUUAAAAGCUGCGCUUCGAUUGAAGUCUGCAGACAAGUUAUACUCACGUUCGAUUCGUCUGGUACCGGUAGAUUAAAAUUCAGCGAUUUCAAGGACUUGAUGUGUAGUUUAAAAUUUUGGCAAACUUCUUUCAAGAAUCACACAAAGGAGAAGACCGGGAUUUUAAAAGCGGAACGGUUUCGUGAUGCUUUGCUUGCUGUUGGGUUUCAGUUGAGCAGUGACGUUUUAGCAACACUUGUCUUGAGGUAUAUGAGAAAAGAUGGUACUCUGCGUUUUGGAGAUUUCGUUUCUGCCAUAUUACAUUUGACUGUUGCUUUCAAUAUCUUCAAAACUAAAGAUCCCCUACAAAAUGGUACUGUUAAAUUAAGUUUAGCGGAGUGGCUCAAAUCGUCUCUAUCGUGUUGAUCUUUUUUAAAUCUUGUCUCAAAAUGUACAUAUAAAUAUACUAUGUAUAUUAUAAAUUAAUGUUAAUGUACUUGUAAGAUAUUAAAAUACUGUAAUAAAAUUAAUUAUUAAGAA